AUGAAGGAGACAUUCAUGUCGCAGUCGCAGAAGACGCGGUACAUCAAGACCGGCGUCAUCGCCUUCACAGUCCUCCUGCUCUUCUGGUGGCUGUCGCCCCGCGGCGUCGAAGUGUACAAUGGCGGAGCCUCGCAUCCCAAGGGCGGCAACGGCCAGACCCCGUCCGAUUCGACAUACGGCACCGACCGAUGCACCAAGUCCUUCUCCAAGGACAAGCCCAUCGUUCAGUACGUUCUCAUGGUCGACGCCGGCAGCACAGGAUCCCGAAUCCACGUCUACAAGUUCAACAACUGCGGUCCGAUCCCCGAACUGGAGAAGGAGGAGUUCAAGAUGACUGAGAAGUCUGUCGGUGGCCUGAGCAAGUACAAGGACGACCCCAUCGCUGCUGCCAAGACGCUCGAUCCCCUCAUGCAGGUCGCCAUGGAGCACGUCCCCGACAAGCUGAAGCGCUGCAGCCCCGUUGCCGUCAAGGCCACGGCCGGUCUGCGCCUGAUUGGCCCCGAGAAGUCGGAGGCCAUCCUCAACGAGGUUCGCCGCCAUCUCGAGAUGGACUACCCCUUCCCGGUCGUUUCCAAGGAGCAGAACGGCGUCGCUGUGAUGGAUGGUUCCGACGAGGGUGUUUAUGCCUGGGUCACGACCAACUACCUGCUCGGCAAGAUUGGCGGCCCGGAUAAGAGCCCGACCGCUGCCGUCUUCGAUCUCGGCGGUGGUUCCACUCAGAUUGUCUUUGAGCCUACUUUCAAGGGUGCGCCGGAGGGCGGCAUGCCUGAGAAGCUCGCCGAAGGUGACCACAAGUACAAGCUCGACUUUGGCGGCCAAAAGUUCGAGCUGUACCAGCACUCUCACCUCGGCUACGGCCUGAUGUCCGCCCGCGGCGCUGUUCACAAGCAGCUCGUCUCUGAGGUCGCGACCAAGGAGAAGAACAACGGCGAUGCCUGGAUGACCAAGCCCAUCGUUCACCCCUGCAUCGCUCCCGGCAUGACUGCGGAGACCAAGGUUGAGCUGGCCGACAAGACGACCAAGACGUUCAACUUCACCGGUCCCUCCCAGGCCGCGCCUGCUCAGUGCCGCAACCUGGCCGAGAAGAUCCUCGCCAAGGACGCCGACUGCAAGCUGGCGCCGUGCUCCUUCAACGGCGUCCACCAGCCUUCCCUGGCCAAGACCUUUUCCAAGGAGGAUGUCUACAUCUUCUCCUACUUUUAUGACCGCACUAAGCCCCUGGGCAUGCCCGACUCGUUCACGAUUCGGGAGAUGCACGACCUUGCGCAGACUGUGUGCAUGGGCAAGGACGGCUGGGACGUCUUCAGCACCAUGCCCGAGGCCAUGGAGGAGCUCAAUGACCGCCCCGAGCAUUGCCUGGACCUCAACUUUAUGCUGGCAUUGCUUCACACCGGAUACGAGAUGCCCAUUGACCGAGAGGUCAAGAUUGCCAAGAAGAUUAAGGGCAACGAGCUGGGCUGGUGCCUGGGUGCCAGUCUGCCUCUUUUGUCGCCUGGCUCUGGCUGGAAGUGCAAGAUCCAGCAGGUCUCUUAG